AUGAAUACAGAAAAAGAUUUACGUAAAAGAACUGCUGGUGCACCGAUAACAGAAACUUUAGUAGAGCCACAAAAAACAAAUACACAAAGCUCAUCCUCUCGUAUAUCGCGAAUAAUCAAUUCAUUUAAAUGGAUUAUUUUUGCGGGGUGGAUAUUUUGGUACUUUGAGGUUGAUAAUGGUGUGCGAAAAGUUUUGUCAUUGAACGGGUGGGUUAGAGGUACACCACCACCAAAAUAUUCAACGUGGAAGCAUGAUAAAACGUUAGGAAAACUUAUACCUAUAGCAACUGUCACAGGUACCAUCGGUGUAAUGGGAAUGAUUAUUGAUUUUUGUAAUGUUUGGGGAUUUUUUGGAGCAUUUAUAGUUGUACUUGGAUUGUUAAGAG